AUGAGCGCCGACAUGAUGGGCGGCGCCGCCCCCGCAGACGCCGACUUUUCCAAAAUGUCGAUAGAGGAGCGCCUCGCCUCCAAGCUCUGGAAGGCGCGUGUCUCGGCCUACGAGGACCUCACAAAGGCUUUCCCAAAGACGUCGUCCGAAAACGACCCCAUCUUCCGCCAAUAUACCCGCAACCCAGACGUCUUGAAAUCCAUCGUCGUCGACACCAACGCCGUCGCACAGGAAAAGGGCGUCGAUGCCGUCCGUGCCUUUGUCGAAUUCGGCGGCCAGCCCGCAGGAAAGACGCGCGAGGUCGUCGUGCCCGCACUCGUCGAAAAGUGUCUCGGCUCCGCCCGUGCAGGCACAAAGAAGAACGCCCUCGACCUCAUCUCCUUCUACGCAGAGAUGGAGGACCUCGUCGGCUGCGAGCCCCUCCUCGCAGACCUCCUCGACGGCCUCAAGGCAAAACAGCCAAAAGUCGUCGCCGGCUGCAUCACCGCCAUCAAGGACCUCGUCCGCGACUUUGGCCACAAGCAGGUCGCGCCCAAGCCCAUCCUCAAGCGCCUCCCAGACAUGUUUGCCCACUCGGACAAAAACGUGCGUGCAGAGGCCUCCCUCCUCGCUCUUGAACUCCACAAGUACAUCGGCGCCGCCCUCGAACCCACAAUCGACACGCUCAAGGACAUCCAGGCCAAGGAGCUCCGACAGCAGUUCGCCGACAUUGAUGCUCAGCUCUCCUCCAAACCCGCGCCCACACGCUUCCUCCUCAGCCAGCGCGAAAAGCUCCAGGCCGCCGCCGCUCCGCCCGCACAUGCAGAUGCCAACGGUGCAGCUGCUCUCGAUGCCGAUGCCGGCUCCGCUGCUGCAGAAGCAGACCAGGACGACGACGUCGAUCCCUACGACCUUGCAGAGCCCGUCAACGUCUUUGGCAGCCGCGAGUAUCCCGCCGACUUUGAAGACAUGAUCGUGUCCAAAAAGUGGCAGGAACGCAAGGAGACGCUCGAGACCGUCCUCAAGAUCCUCACCUCGUCGCCCAAGAUCCAGCCCGACGGCCGCUUCGACAACCUCGUAGACCACCUCGCUCUCAAGAUCAACAAGGACGCCAACAUCAACGUCGUCCUCGUCUCGUGCCAGUGCCUCGAAGCCAUGGCAAAGGGCCUCCGCGACAACUUUUCGCGCUACAAGGACAAGGUCGUACCGCCCAUCAUCGAAAAGCUCAAGGAGAAGAAGCCCGCCACCGUCGAGGUGCUUGCAAAGGCGCUCGACGCCAUCUUCCAGACCGUCGCCUUCUCCGACAUUCUCGAGCCCAUCUUCACCGGCAUCAAGCACAAGAACCCCGCCGUAAAGACAGAGUCCAUCCGCUUCCUCGUCCGCUGCCUCCGCACCACACGCGUCGCUCCCGCAAAAGCAGACAUCAAGCCCAUCGCAGAAGCGCUCGUCAACGCCAUGGCAGACGGCUCCCCCGACGUGCGUGAUGCAGGUGCAGCAGGUCUCGGUACGCUCAUGAAGCUCAUCGGAGAGCGUCCCAUGAACAUCUUCCUCGACGGCCUCGACGACAUCAAGAAGGGCAAGGUCCAAGACGAGUUCAAGACCGCAGAGGUGCGCGUAAAGAUGGGAGGAGCUGGAGGUGGCGCCGCAGCAGCUGCCGGCGCAGGUGCAAGGAGGCCACCCGCUGCGGCCGCCCCAGCUCCAGCGGCUUCCAAUCGUGCAGCGCCUGCUGCCGUCGUCCGCGCCAAACCACCCAGCGCUGCACCCUCUAUGGCAGACGGCAAGGAGAACCAAGCUCCAAGACCCGUAGCAAGGCCGCCAGCCGGCAUGGCCGCCCGGCCCAUUGGCGCUCGCCCUGCUGCGGCUGCCUCUGCAGCCUCGUCGAGCGCGCCAGCAAGGAGACCCGCAGCGGCUUCGUCGUCAGCGGCGUCGGGUGCACGUUCGGGUCCGGCGGCAGCGUCCAGUGGCAAGGGUGCCGCCUCCGCCACCGAGCCCGUCAAGUAUCGCUUCCACCCGGACGACGCAGAAUCUCGAGCCGCAGAGCUCAUCCCCAACGGCAUCGCCACCCAGCUAGCCAGCAGCAACUGGAAGGAGCGUCUGGCGGGCAUGUCCGAAUUCAACGACUGGCUCAAAGUCGAGGCCGAAUCCGUCGAAGCCGAAGUCAUCGUCCGUGCGCUCGGCAAGAAGCCCGGCUGGAAGGAGAGCAACUUCCAGGUCAUGGCCGAAGUGUACAAGGCGCUCCAACUGCUCGCCAACGACUGCCCCACUUUCGGUCGUCCAUCGAUCGCGCUCUCUGUGCAGCCGCUGUGCGACAAACUCGGCGACAUCAAGCUCAAGACGCCUGCCGGCGAGACGCUUGUCAUCUUUGCUGAAAAGACGUCGUUUGGCUUCCUUCUCGCCCAGGCACUCGGUCCGCUCGCUUCGCUCAAGGCUCCCAAGGCCAUCGCCGACUCCAUCCUCUGGGUCGACCAGACGCUGCUCGAGUUCGGAACCGCCGGAGUCGACGUACGAUCGCUCAUCGACUACCUCGUCAACUGCCUCAAGUCCGCCAACGCCGCGGUCCGCACCAACGCCACCAAGGCGAUCGGCACGCUCGCGCGCUUCCUCGGCACGGCGCUCAACGCAUUUGUCGCCGACCUCAAUCCGCAGCUCAGGACGACCAUCGAGGGCGAAAUCGAGAAGGCCGCCUCCAACCCGCCACCUGCACCCGUCCGCUUCGGCGACGAGACCAAGGCACCUGCGAGCAAGGCGGCUGCCGGAUCAGCAGCUGCAGCAGGCGCCGGCGCUCCCGCCCAGGACAACGGAGUCGACGAAGACAUGCUCGAUGAGCUCGUCCCCCGCGUCGAUCUCGACCGUCUCGUACCCGCCACCGCCAUCGCACGCAUGGGCGACGCCAACUGGAAGGAGCGCAAAGAGGGUCUCGAGGAGGUGCUGGCCGUGGUCAACGCCAACAGUCGCCUCAAAGGCAACAUGGCCGAGCUUGCCAACGCGCUCAAGACGCGAUGCUCGGACAGCAACAUCAUGUGCAAGUCCAUGGCUCUCGAUGCCAUCGCCAAGAUCGCAGCAGGCAUGAACAAGCACUUUGAGCCGCAGGCGCGCAUCCUCGCACCCGCCAUCGCGCAAGUGCUUGCCGAUGCCAAAGCUCCCGUUCGAGCCGCUGCGACCACUGCGCUCACAGCCAUCGCCAACCAGGUCGGCGCCGCGCCCUUGCUUCCCGGCUUCGGCACCGUCUUGGACAGCAAGGCCGCCAAUCCAAUGCUCAAGCAGGAACUGUUUGGGUGGCUCGCCGAGUGGUUCGAGGCGCAUCCCCCAGAGAAGGGCAUGGAUCUGGCACCGCUUGCGCUGCCCUGCGUUCAGUGCCUCGACGACAAGCUCGCUGCGGUGCGAAAGGCGUCGAUCGCGUGUCUGCCUUACAUCGUCAUGCGCGCCGGCUACAAGCAUGUGUUGGAGCAGGCCAACCAACUCAAGACCGCUUCCAAGAACACUGCCGUCCCGCUCAUCGACGCCGCCAAGGCGCAAGCACAGACUCUGGCUCGAAGCACGGCUGCGUCCGCUGCCCCUGCCGCUGCAGCAGCGCCCGCUGCUCCCGUCUCGGCAGCGACCUCGCGUGUGGCUGCGACCAGCGCCCGAACAGGUGCAGCCUCGCCCGCCAGGCCCCUUGGAGCAAGCUCAGCAGCUGCCACAUCGGCGUCACCUCGUGCAUCGACGAUCGCGCGGCCAGGCGGCAUCAAGCCACCGUCCGCUGUUGGCCGAUCGCUCAAGGCACCCUCGAGCACCAUCGCCCGCCAGUCCCGACUCGCCUCGGAUGCGACCGACAGUGGCUCUGCCCCGCGCAACGCAUCGGGGUCUGCGGCAGGUGCAUCGGGCUCAGGUACUGGAAGCGGAAACGCCGUGGACCGCUCUGCACCGCUAAUUGCGUCCGAUAUCAAGGCAAAGGCGCUGCGCGAAAAGCGAGAGGGCAAGGGCGCCAGCUGGAUUGGAGCCGACGGCGCGCCGCGUCCCGAGCUCGUCGAGGUGCUGCGACAGCAGUGCGAAGGCCAGCUGAGCCGCGGCAUCACCGACUCCAUGUUCAGCAAGAGUCACUCGGCGGAAAAGGGCUUCUAUGCUGCCUUGACGCUGCUGUCCGACUUCAUCUCCAGCCCGACGUUUGCCGAGGAGCAGUACGGACUUUCGCCCGAAGAGACCAUGGAGCGCACGCUAGCCAACUCGGAUCUCAUCUUCAAGUACGUCUCGAUCCGUCUGACGGACAACAACACGAGUCUGUCGCUCAAGUGCCUCGAUAUCCUCGAGCACCUCGUGGCCAUGCUCAGCACGCAGCAGUACCACAUGAGCGACUACGAGGCCGUGUGCAUCCUGCCCUGCCUCACCGCCAAGUUUGGCGACGCCAAGGUGGCCUUCCGCGACCGCAUCCGCGAGAUCUUCCGCAAGAUGACCUUCAUCUUCCCGCCGAGCAAGCUGCUCACGUGCUACCUCGAGAACGGCCUGCCGUCCAAGAAUGCGCGCGUCCGCGCCGAGUGUCUGGGCGAAGUCGGGUACCUGUUUUCCAAGAACGGGCUGCAAGUGUGCUCGCCAUCGCGCACGCUGCCGGUGAUCGCUAAGCAGAUCAGCGACCGCGACGCCAACGUGCGCACCGCGGCGCUCUCGGCGCUCGGCGAGGCGUACAAGAUCAUCGGGGACGAGGUGUACAAGCUGGUGGGCUCGCUUCCGGGCAAGGAAAUGUCGAUGCUCGAGGAGAGACUCAAGCGAACCACGGCACCCUCGACGGCUGCAGCGGCAGCUGGUGCUCGACCGCCGCCGACGGCCAGCGCCACGGCUCGUGCUGGCCCUCGUGCGUCGGUGAUUCCAUCCGCAGGGACGUCGUCGCCGGCUCGUGCUUCGGCUGGUCCGCCGUCCUCGCGACUCGCGCGACCCGGCUCGAUGCUGCCAUCCUCAGCAGGAGCUGCAGCAGGUGCGAGGAGUCGACUGCCCGCGCCUGGCGCGGCUGGUGCUGGCGCAGCACGCCGCGAGUCAACAGUGGGGCUCCCUCGCGCUACACGAACCUCGACCGGGGUACCGUCACCGAGAGCGUCGAUGCUUCGGGCACCCGGCGAUGGUGCUGGCCCUCCCACCAGCAUGCUGGCAUCGGAACGCGACGAGCUGGUGGGCGACGAGAUGCCCGCCGAGGAGGACGAAGAGCUGACGGUGGACCAGGCGAUCAACCUGGUGGUGAGCAGCAAGGUCGAGCAGAGCGUGCUUGCGCUCAAGCACGUCGAGGCGUUCAUACGCGAGGAGGAGCCGCAGCUCAUCCUGCACGUGGACCAGCUUGCGAUUGUGCUGAGCAAGCAGAUGCAGCGCGCAUUUGCGACGGACGCGGGCGAGUUCGGGCACGAGCGGCUCAAGAAGCAUCUGCUGGUGGUGAGCACGUCGCUGUUCGACAAGAACCGCGUGUGGGAGGAGGGGCGGACGCUGGGGUCGUACCUGUCGCGUUCGGCGCUGAUCCCACUGCUGACGGUGCUGCUGCAGCAGCUGAUCCAGUCGACGUCGCGCAGCGACGACGCGGCGGCGCAGAACGAGUCCAAGUUCCUCAACGUGAUUGUGCUGCGGUGCUUCUCGGCGUGCAACCUGAACCUGCUGUACGGCGCGUGCCUGCAGAUGCUCACCGAGGCCACCGAGGACCUGCGCGAGCUCGAGGGCGAGGUGCUCGAGACGCGCUCCAAAUUCUCGGAGCUGCUGGUCAAGUGCCUGUGGAAGAUCGCCAAGCGGCUCGAGGAGAGUCUGGCGCAGGGGCAGGUAGAGCCGCAGCAGCUGUUUGCGGACGUCGAGAGCUUCCUGCAGGCGAUCGCGCCGUCCGAGUGGCGGCAGCGCGCGCAGGACGGCGUGCCGCUCGCCGACUUACCGCUGCGCACGGUCAAGAUCAUCCUCUCGCACACCUCGAAUCACUUUGGCGAGGAGGCGCUGGGGAUGCUCGACAUGAUCCCGCAGCCCGAGAACAGCUACGUCUACAAGUACCUCAUCCGCAUGCUCAACGUGGCGGCGGACGAAGGUGCGGGUGCGGACAAGGCGGCGGUCGCGGAUGUGGAUGGCGGCGAUGCGGAUUCCGCUUCUGCGGCGCGGGCGAGGGGUGCGGCGGGUAGCCAGAGCAGCGCGGGCAACGGCCACGGCGCAGGUGCCGGCACCGGCAGCAGCAGCGGCGUGGACGACGGGAGCAGCACGCACCACGCCGAGCUGCGCGACAUUUUCCAGCGCAUCUCGAACAAGACCGAGUCGCGGCAGGGGAUCCGGGAGCUGUACGAGUUCCAGAAGCGCAAUCCGCACCUGGGGAAGCACGUGGAGAAUUCGCUGCAGAAGACGGGACCGAUCUUCCAGCGCUUCAUCAAGCGGGCGCUGGCGAACCAUGCUGCCGAGGAUCCGGACGUGAUGGGUGGCGGCGGUAGCGGCGCGGCCGCGGGGGGUGGAGAGGCGGAGGCGGCCGAGGUGAAGCGCGGCAGUACGCCGUCGGGGGCGAGUGCCAACGGCAGCAGUACGGGAGCGGGCGCAGUGGCGACACCAGGCACCCCGCGCUCGUCGCGCUUCUCGGCGGCAGCGGCGGGAGCAGCAGGCGAUGGCUCGAUGGGCAGCCCAUCGUCGUCGGCCACGCAGUCGCCGCGCGGCUCAUCGAUCCGGAGCUCAGCCACCGAAGACCGUCUGGCUCAGCUGCGCGCCAAGUUCAGCUCGUAG